CGAGCGAGCUUGGGAGCCGGCGGAUCUGCAGCGAGGAGGUGCCCGCGCUGGAGCAGGAGCCAGACGGGAGCUGGAGCAGCGGCGCAGGUGGCUCUGGGUUUCCCUGGAGGCCCUCGGCGAGGCCUGCGCCUCUGCUGCCAUGGCCAUUGUGCAGACACUGCCGGUGCCACUCGAGCCCGCUCCUGAGGCCACCACUGCCCCACAAGCUCCAGUCAUGGGCAGCGUGAGCAGCCUCAUCUCGGGCCGGCCCUGCCGGGGGCCGGCUCCUCCCCGCCACCAGGCCCCCCUGGGCCUACCUUCCUUCCGCCAGCAGGAUGGGCUGCUGCGAAGUGGCUAUGAGGCACAGGAGCCGCUCUGCCCAGCUGUGCCUCCCAGGAAGGCUGUCCCUGGCACCAGCUUUACCUACGUCAACGAGGACUUCCGGACAGAGUCACCCCCCAGCCCAAGCAGUGACAUUGAAGAUGCCCGAGAGCAGCGGGCACGCAAUGCCCAUCUCCGAGGCCCCCCACCCAAGCUCAUCCCUGUCUCUGGAAAGCUGGAGAAGAACAUGGAGAAAAUCCUGAUCCGCCCAACAGCCUUCAAGCCAGUGCUGCCCAAACCUCGAGGGGCACCAUCCCUACCUAGCUUCCUGGGUCCUCGGGCUGCUGGACUGUCGGGGAGCCAAGGCAGCCUAACACAGCUGUUUGGGGGCCCUGCCUCCUCCUCCUCUUCCUCCUCCUCCUCGGCAGCCGACAAACCUCUGACGCUGAGUGGCUGGGCCAGCGGCUGCCCGUCGGGGACGCUAUCCGACUCCGGCCGAAACUCACUGUCCAGCUUGCCUACUUACAGCACCGGGGGUGCAGAGCCGGCCACUAGCUCCCCAGGCGGGCACCUGCCCUCCCAUGGCCCUGGGAGGGGGCCACUGCCUGGGCCAGCCCGAGGGGCCCCUGCUGGGCCCUCCCACUCUGACAGCGGUCGAUCGUCCUCCAGCAAGAGCACAGGCUCCCUGGGGGGCCGCGUGGCUGGGGGGCUCUUGGGCAGCGGUCCCCGGGCCUCCCCUGACAGCAGUUCCUGUGGGGAACGCUCCCCACCCCCUCCCCCACCCCCUCCCCCCCCUUCGGAUGAGGCCCUGCUGCACUGUGUCCUCGAAGGAAAGCUCCGAGACCGGGAGGCAGAGCUGCAGCAGCUGCGGGACGGUCUGGACGAGAAUGAGGUGACCAUGUGCCAGGUGUAUGAGGAACGGCAGCGGCACUGGCAGCGCGAGCGCGAGGCCCUGCGAGAGGACGGUGUGGCCCAGGCGCAGCGGGCACAGCGGGCCCAACAGCUGCUGCAGCUUCAGGUGUUCCAGCUUCAGCAGGAGAAGCGGCAGCUGCAGGACGACUUUGCGCAGCUGCUGCAGGAACGUGAGCAGCUGGAGCGGCGCUGCGCCACCUUUGAGCGGGAGCAGCGGGAGCUCGGGCCUCGACUCGAGGAGACCAAGUGGGAGGUGUGCCAGAAGUCAGGUGAGAUUUCCCUACUGAAGCAGCAACUGAAGGAGUCUCAAGCAGAGCUGGUGCAGAAGGGCAGUGAGCUGGUGGCGCUGCGAGUGGCGCUUCGGGAGGCUCGGGCAGCGCUGCGGGUCAGUGAGGGCCGGGCACGGGGCCUCCAGGAGGCUGCCCGAACUCGGGAGCUGGAGCUGGAGGCCUGUUCUCAGGAGCUGCAGCGGCACCGCCAGGAGGCCGAGCGGCUGCGGGAGAAAGCUGGGCAGUUGGACACUGAGGCAGCCGGUCUCCGGGAACCUCCUGUGCCACCUGCCACUGCUGACCCAUUCCUCCUGGCAGAGAGUGAUGAGGCCAAGGCACAGCGGGCGGCAGCUGGGGUGGGGGGCAGCCUGCGGGCCCAGGUGGAGCGGCUCCGGGCGGAGCUACAGCGGGAGCGACGGAGGGGCGAGGAGCAGCGGGACAGCUUCGAAGGGGAGCGGCUGGCCUGGCAGGCGGAGAAGGAGCAGGUGAUCCGCUACCAGAAGCAGCUGCAGCACAACUACAUCCAGAUGUACCGUCGCAACCGGCAGCUGGAGCAGGAGCUUCAACAGCUCAGCCUGGAGCUGGAGGCCCGGGAACUCGCUGACCUGGGUCUGGCAGAGCCGGCUCCCUGCAUCUGCCUGGAGGAGAUCACUGCCACCGAAAUCUAGGGCCUUGGCAUCCAGCUCUGUGCUCUACUGAAUGGGGGCAGUGGCCUCAGGUCCACUGAGGGCUCCAGAGCUGCUCGUCCCUUGGGAUCCAGGCCUCUGGGCCUCUGCCAAGGACUCAGGGCUGCCCUAUGACUUAGAUGAGCAAGAUCAGACUCCCUGAAGGUCCCCAUGUUCACUGUCACGGAGAGGCUCCUACUCACUCGACCUAUUUCACUCCCAGCUGCUGCCAUUGCCACUCUGCCAACCCCAUUCACCCCAGGCGCUGGCCAGCCUACCCAGCCAGGGGGCUGGGGAAAAAAAAGGGGCUCCCUCAUCUCCACACUUCUCCCUACCCCAAAGCCAGAGAGAGCCAGACAGCGCCAGCUGUUCCAGAUGUGCCUGCCCCCACCCUGUCCAUGUUGGGGAAGGGGCUGGGACUGGGGUAUGACCCCCAGGUUCCAGCUCUGCAGCCUCUCUCCUGGGGUGAGGAGGCUGUAGUCAGACCAAAGGAAGAACUCAGAAAUGUCUCGUUUAUUUGUGUUUGUGACCAAGUGGCCCCUUCCCACACCCGGGUUUAUGGCCUCGUUUUCACUUGUAUAGUUUUCACAUUGUAAAUUUCUUGUACAAACCCAAAGACAAAAUUAAAAAA